AUGCUGCAAGUAGGUCUGUUCCUGGUCGUUUGCAGGCAUGGGGUAAAAAGUAAUCUCAUCCAAGCUGGAAGGUCAGGUCAGGUCAGGUCAGGUCAGGGAGCGGGAGCUCUGCGGACGCCAAGCAACCGCGGGCGAGGGGUGAAGUGGGCUGACGCAACCCCGGAUACCAAGCGCGAUGGCAGACUGGCAGCCUACGACAGGCCAGUGUGGUCCAAUGUCAUGUCCCUAGGCUAUCCUGCAGCUUGCAACAUGUUCCCAUUUUACAGCCAACAGUCUUCGGAGUCCGGUCGCAGCGUGCGCACCACAAAUGAGACUGACAGGGAAAUACAGCAGGCCCUUGGCUGCCCUCGGAAUUGGUUAGCUGCUGUAGCUUGCACAUUAUUCUACUGUAGUGCCACAUUAUUGACCGACGAUCUGUACGGAGGAAGUAGAAUUGUUCGCGCCAUUAUCAGAACUGUCUUCCGUGUCUGCGCAGCCCGCAUGAUAGACAUAGACUACGCAAUUGGUGUCGUUUGGUUGACCAUAUGGAUUGUUCUUGGACUUAUUCGAACAGUCGUGGGCAGGCGUAUUCUGAGUGCCUCCAUGUCAUUCGCGACUUCUGUGCCAUCAAACCAUUCUCAAGAUACUAUGACUGCGCAGUUGACACCUGUCGCUUAUGAUUCCCAGGGCGUCAGUCUGGGGCGGUACCCAGAGGUCCCAGACAAUGUGUCGUUGGCCCGGUCUGAAAUUUUCAUCGGAUGCUACGUCGGCUGUCUUUUCAUUGACGAGAGCAUUCCUCCUUUUCGACUCUUCACUGCACCCCAAUCUCGCAGGAGAACUUCUGCUCUUAUCAAUGAGACGGUUCGCGCGGGUCGAGCAGUGUCACAGGCAAGCGUUCGAUCGAUUGCGACGAGAACAUGGCCUUGGCGUGCAGUGGAGGGCUUCCAUGCGAAGGAGAUCUGGAACGAGACAUGGCUACAGACUGAGCUGGCUCAUUGCUGGUUCGAAGAAGAGGAGGAGGAGGAGGAACAGGAGCUGCUGAGCGAUGCCAAGCAGCGUCCGGAGUUUGCCGCAAUUGAGCUCCAUGACGCGGCAGCAUCUGAACGCGGUUUGUCCAUUCAAGCGAGCGAGGCCAACCCCAUGAGAUGCAUCGCUGAGCAUACUUCAAUUCCUGUGCCCAAGGUCUACUUCUCCGUUCACAAGCAUCGUCCCGGACAUAUAUUGUCAUGGAGCGCAUCCGGGGCCAAGGAUUGCACGCUGUAUGAGACACUGUCCGAGGAGUCUCGCGAAGAUCUGCUUCGCCAGCUGAAGCGCAGAUUCGAGGAGCUGCGAGCACUCCAGCCGCCAGACUUUCACCGUUGGCUGCGAGGUGGCCAUCGAAUUUCUUCUAGGUAUCCCAGUCAUUGCGAAUCCACGUCUGCUUGGUAUGGCAAUCGAUUACGGCCAUACUGGCAGAAUAUCCUAGAUCAGUUUCUGCAGCAAUAUUCGGACGAACUGGAAAUGGAGAUCAUACGACAAACUUGCCCCGGCUCUGUAUGGCCAUCGAUUGCGCCUUAUUUUGAGCACUCCUCUGACGACUUGAUGGUGGUGGGCACACGACAAAACCAAGCCGCCCACGCGGUUUCUGCCGGCGCCAAUCUCUUCGAGCUCAUGCACGUCAGCAACCACAUCUCUUCCACAUGCAAGACAACGCCCGGUGGUCCACACCCUUACAAACAAUGGCCCCGCGUCGGCUUGGUUGGCAGCGCAGCUGCCAAUCUAGACACCGCGGCCACCGCCCGCGAAAAUCCAAAAAUUUCGCAGAAGUAA